AUGGAGAGGCCGGAGCUGGAGCUGGACCUCGGCCUCAGCCUCCACCACCGCUCUGCACCGGAGGAGCCGCCGGGCUUCUUCCUCUGCACGUACUGCGGCCGCAAGUUCUACACCUCGCAGGCGCUCGGCGGCCACCAGAACGCGCACAAGUAUGAGCGCACCCUGGCAAAGCGCCACCGCGAGAUGGCUGCAGCCGCCAUGCGCGCGCACCAAGCAGCAGCGUCUUCCGUGAGGGGCGCCGGCAGCGGCCAGGUCGACGCCGACAGCGUGCGGCCUGGAGGCGCCGCCAGAGCUGCCAGCGGCGUUGCUGGAGCAGAGCCUGAGGCGGCUAAGAACGCGAGGCAUGCUGAUCCGCCGGCGCCUUGGCAGCGGGGCGACGUCGAGCGCGUCGACAACCUGGACUUGUCACUCAGGCUAUGA